AUGUCUGUUUAUAGUGGUUUCAGCACAAGAUUACAAGAAACUUCAUAUGGGAGGCUGUGCGAAAUGCUGAUCACCACUUUAUCAAAUUGUGUUCUCUAUAUGCUCAAAGGUGAAAAAAUAGACGAAGAAAUCCUCUCAAGAAAUUUGAUCAAAACAUACCAAAGGAUGGCUAAACUCGAAGCAAACAAGCAUCUUCCCCCAAAGUUUUCUACUUGCUGCAGUGACCUAAUUAAUUACUGUGCUUCUUCUCAUCCUUUAUCACGAAGCAGUUCAACAGAUUCUUCAUAUUCAUUAGACAGAUCUGAGUAUUCUUACAGUCUCCCUUCUCCAAAAUCAAGUGAGCCUUCUAUUUCUACAUGAAAAGACAACAAAUCAAAACUCUCAUAUCAACUAGAUUUAAUUGAAGAAGAGCCAGGCACUUCGAGAAAAUUUAAAAGGAAAUAUCGUGUAAGAACUGAAAGAAAGCCAAUAAGAGACGUAAAUUUUAAGCCUUACGAAUAUACCUCAAGAUCUCCAAGUAAAACUCCAAUCCCUAAAACUACAAAUUCAUAUUAUGAUAAAGUGAUUGGGAAAUAUUUAAAAAUGACUGAAAAAUAUUCCACGAAAAGUGAAAGAAGCACAUCGGUUGGAAGAUAUAAAGCCUCUGAUGAGUUAUUCAGAUUAAACGAUGGGAUAUUUUUUAGAGUCCCAUAA